GAAGCUGAAAAUGACACAGUGUGAACUGGCAGCAAAGAAGAAUCCGCUGGCAGCUGCAGGGAAAAUGGGAAAAUAGCUAUGAAAGAAAUAAACAAGUACAAGCAACAAAAUGGACAAAGACAAGAACGGCUGCAGCAGGCAGAACUCACCUUCAGACACCAGAUCGCAGUUCAUGAGAAGAACGCUCAGGACAACUGGAUCAAACCUCGGAUCUGGGAGAGGGAAAUGGCAGAGCAGAGCCAGGAGGUCGCCCGCUUGAAACACAGACUGAAUGUGAUGGAAGGAAAGAGGCUGCUUGAGGGAUACAGGAGGCCGAAACCAAUGCCUGGAAGUUCAGAGAUGCAGAACCCUCCGAGGAGAGGUAAGGAGCACGUGGUGAUGUGCAGCAGCCUAAUUUCUGUGGCAAAGCCUUUUCCUGUGGGUGAUCAUCGUGUGUCCUGGACAGAACCACAAUUACUACCUAAGGAUAGCAGGGUCCUUAGUGGAUCCAGAAACUGGUGCAACCUCUGUGAGUUACAGCAGCUCUGACUGUACAAAGAAUGCAGACAAGGGCAAGGACUUAAUUACUCUGUGUCCUGUAGUAUGCUUAAAAUCAGAAUUCCCUAUGAAUUAAGAUGAACACAUCUGAGCUUUGGAGACAUUCACCACAAGUCCCUUGUUCCUCACAGAAGACUCCUAUCCCCUGCAAGAUCCCAGGCAUCCUCCACUCCCCAGAGGUCUCAGAGGCCUUUGACAACACUUCAAGAGGGAAGACUCUUUUCAGGGAGAGCAGAGGAGACAAAGUGAGGGUCUGGCUGCAGAACUUUUCGCCAGGAGUGGCUGUGAUUCCACGAGCAGAAUAUGAGCCAUUUAUUUGCACUCAACUUGUUGUGUUCCUAAUAUACCAAAAACAGAGCAUCAGGAGUCACUGCAGAGGAGGCAUGCAGG